AUGGAAAAAGAAUGUGAGUUUAAAAAUCGUUCACUUAUUAAUCAAGCUUAUACCCUUUACAUUUUUUCAGAGAAAGGAGCUGAAGACUGCGGUGGGGCUGCCUUCAAUCGAGGACGAGCUCGAAGCAAUCUGGAAGAGAGUGGAGAAGAAAAAGGCCAUGGACAAGCUGCAGUACCUUGUGGAUCAGUUCGAGAAGCGGAAGGACAAAGAACUCUUCGAGCGGGGAUACACGCCGGAACUGAAAAAGAAGGGACUUGCAGCUGUUGGGUCUUUCGAGAAGUGGAAAAAGAACAAGAACAUUGCGGCGACGUUCACCUUGAACGACGGGACAAGGACGGCGAUUGA